AUGAAAAGUGAGUUAAAAUGUUUUUUGUUUAGGUCAGAAAAAUAAUCGGGAUUGCCAAUAAAUGAGAAAGAAAAUUAAAAUGUUGCUCAACAGAAAAAGAAAAUUGAAAGCCCAAUAAAUAAUAACUGGUUAUAAAAAAUCCGUUUUUUGGUAUAGUAACCUCGACAAACAAAUCAUUUUUUCAGGAUUCGGAAUAAAAUCAUGGAUACUGAUUAUGAUUCUGGUGGUUACAGUUUUUUUUAUUGUUCAAUGGAAAUUUAAAGGUUUGUUGCGCGCUUUUUCAAUAAAAUUGAUAAUUUUUGCAGAUUCCUCAAGACUCCACUCCAAAAUUGAAACCACCACCAACAACAACAAAAAAGUCAAAAUUUUUGCAGCAACCAAAUUUUUUUCGGACGUAUCUGAAACAAUCGACUCAUAUAUGAAAAUUUGUUCAAAAGAGAUUCAAGGUUAUUGUGAAAUUUUGCACGAUGAAUUAGAUUUCCAAAACGCGGACGCUGUGCUUUUUCAUGCCAAAGAUUACGAGAGACACGUGAGAUUUUUCUGAGCGAGAUCGAAAGUUUUUUUUUUGGAAAUUUUGGAUUUUGCCAAAAUUUCCGAUUUUCUAAAAAUCCAGUUUCACCUAAGUUUUUGUAGACUUCGCAAUGGAUGUUUGAAAAUCGAAACCCCAAAAUUCCAUAUGUUGUUUGGACAAUGGAAUCACCAAUGUUGGAGCAAAAUUUCCCGGAUUUCAUGAAUUUAACAAUGUCUUAUGAUAGAAAAGCUGAUAUUUAUUGGCCUUACGGAAACAUUCGAAAAAAGCAAAAGAUCGAGGAUAACCCCAAAUCGUUUGAAGACAUCUGGAAAAAGAAGAAAAAAUCAGAUGAAAGUGCUGCUGAGAUAAUCUGGAUGGUUUCGAAUUGUAUAACACCAAAUCGUAGAAUGGAAAUUGUUGAAAAAAUUAAAACAUUGGGAAUGAAGGUAAAGGCUUUCGGAAUUUGAAAAGACCAGAAAGCCCAAAACCCAAUUUCUAAUAGAUAUGUGGGAGCAAUUUUAGCGCUAUUUUUCUUUUCCUUUGAAAAAUUUCGUAUUCUAGAAAAUUUGCGGGGUAGAAAAGGUGAAAAAUCUCAAUUUUUAGAUCGAUAUUUUCGGAGGUUGCGGAAUGAAACCAAAAAAGUGUGAGAAAAAGACAACAAUGGAUUGUGAAGUGAAUCUAGUUUCUACAUACAAGUUCUAUAUGGCAAUCGAAAAUGCAUAUUGCGAAGAUUACAUAACUGAAAAAUUUUGGAUAAAUGCUAGAGAUCGAUUUGCAGUUCCAAUAAUUCUUGGAAAACAAAUUUAUUUGGAUGCUGGAAUUCCAGAAAAAGCAUUUAUUGCAUUAGAUGAUUUCAAGAAUCUUGACGAGUUUAAAAGUUUUAUUGAUAAUCUGGCUGAAAACAAGACGAAAUAUAUGGAAUUUCAUGAGUGGAGGAAAGAGUAUGAGUAAGAUUUUGUUUUUGAAAUUCAAAAUGCUUAAUUUGUUUGAAAGUUCGAUUUCUUUCAGAAUGGAUGAUAUUUUUUGGAAUCACAAUUAUACACCGGAAAUUCUCAAUAAUUAUGGAUUGUGUAAACUGUGCCAAAACUUGAAAUCCGGAAAAUAUUCAAACAAUUUUACAAAUGUGUAUCCGACUUUGAUUGGGAAAUGGCAUAAACGAAGUGAUUGCAAUAACUCAAUUGGAUAUCGAUUUUUAAAAAAAUUUUAUUAA